AUGAUGUUCUGGAAGGACGGCGGCGGGACUGGGGGCGGCAACGGACGGGACCUCAGCGGCGGGCCGCCCUGCGGCCAGGUGCGUGUGCUCGUCGUUGGCGACUCAGGUGUCGGCAAAUCUUCAUUGGUGCAUCUCUUAUUGAAAGGUUCUGCAGUGGCUCGACCAGCCCAAACAAUUGGGUGUGCAGUUGGUGUUAAACAUAUUACUUACAGUAGUCCAGGGAGUUCGUCUAAUAGCAUCAAGGGUGAUGCUGAAAGGAACUUCUUCAUUGAGCUUUGGGAUGUUUCAGGACAUGAGCGCUACAAAGAAUGCCGUUCACUUUUUUAUUCACAAAUUAAUGGUGUCAUAUUUGUUUAUGACCUCUCCCAGAGGAAAACAAAGACAAAUUUGAACAAGUGGGCAGUGGAGGUUGCUGAAUCUGGGACCUUUUCAGCCCCUCUUGGGUCUGGUGGUCCUGGUGGCCUUCCAGUUCCUUACCUAGUUAUUGCCAACAAAGUGGAUAUUGCUCCAAGAGAUGGUAGAAGAGUGAGCAGUGGGAAUCUUGUUGAUGUUGCUCGUCAAUGGGUUGAAAAACAAGGCCUGCUUCCAUCCAGUGAAGAACUUCCACUUGCAGAUAGCUUUCCUGGCAAUUCUGGUCUGCUCACGGCUGCCAAAGAGGCAAGAUAUGAUAAAGAAGCUCUAAUCAAGUUCUUCCGCAUGGUUUGUGCAAAAGAAUCCUUGUCCAUUAGAUUAGCGAUUCACACUAUAGUAUUAUUCACAAAUGGUAUUGUGGUACAUCAUUCAGUUGAUAAGGAGGAGCUACGGUGGCCAGAGCUACAAAUACAAUGGGGUUGCCCCACUGCCUGCACAGCGGAACCUAACUCCACCCCCGACACUCUAUCCACAGCAGCCAAUGUCCUCUUCUUCAGAAAACUACAGAUACCACAGAUUUUCCUCCUCGUCAAUACCUGA